CGAUUGCUCUACGCGACCGACGGCGUUUGCAUCCAUUCGUUGACGAGACUCGAAGGUGUUCAGUUGAAGUACUUCAGGAGCCAUUCGUUCCAUUCGUGCAGUAUUUAAGUUUUUUGCUUAAGUAACUUAUUACCGUUGCGCUUUGCUAGUCGGCUUUGCCAGUUGUGGACUGCGUGUAGUCAAACAAUGAUGAAGGUGCUAAUUGCUCUAUCGACCGUACUGUGCGUCGUGCUGGCGAAGGACCAGCCACGAAAGGCUAUCGUGUACCUGCAGGGAAAUGCAGGUGUCACCGGCAAUGUGACGAUCUCGCAACCUUCGUGCACCGAGCCAGUGUUUAUCGAGAUCAACGUCGUCGGUCUCACACCGGGCAAGCACGGGUUCCACAUCCACGAGAAGGGUGACCUGACGGACGGUUGUGCAAGUACCGGAGGCCAUUACAAUCCCGAUAAGGUCAGCCAUGGUGCCCCGAACGAUCAGGUGCGUCACGUCGGUGAUCUGGGUAACAUUGCGGCCGACGAGACCGGCACCGCCAAGACGUCCUUCUCGGACACGGUCGUGUCACUGUACGGAGCCCGCAGCGUUCUCGGCCGUGCGAUCGUCAUCCACGCCGAGGUGGACGAUCUCGGCAAGACCAACCAUCCGGACUCGAUGAAAACUGGAAAUGCUGGUGGACGCGUGGCCUGCGGUGUGAUCGGCAUUGUCGAGCCUUUUGAUGUGCCGGACCAGGAAUGUAGCAGUGGUCAGCAGGGGCUUAUGCCGGCUAUCGUUACCAUAACAAUUUCCCUCUUUGCGGUCCGACUGCUGGUUCUAUAAAGAAAGGAACUUUGGCCUGCUUAUAUAAUGUUGUGUUUGUGUGUGAGCGAGUGAUACGUUUAGUUAAGUUUUUUUGCGAAAAUAAUCUAUGAUCGUGCGUAGAACAGAACAGGGUGGACUCAAGUUCAUCGAACUGCAGCCACGUUAUCCGUCCUAACCUCAUCCCCACAAACCAACCCCUGCAGUAUGGAGCAGAAGCAAACAUAAUUUUUCGUAAGGAGUAUGCUAUGUAACGCGGGAUAUGUACGAGAACUAACAAUAGAAACCUAACCAGUGUAAAUAGCGACCGUCCUCAUACAAAAAGGACGAUUCUAGGAAAAAAAGCUUUCUGAGAAAAAGGAAACGGUUCUUCCACCGCUUGAAGAGAACCCAACGUCGUAAGCACUUGUUUGCGUGAAAAGCUUGUUUUUUUCCAACCUGCGUAGAGCCUCCAUUGACAACUUCCACCCCGGCCACUUCCGUACGUGCACUGCACACACACCUUACGCCUUUCGCUGUGGUAUUAAGCUGCUUGUUUGCUUGUUUUGUUCAUUUGUAAGUACGUUUUUGUGUAAAUAAAGCUGUCCUCUUGCGUGGCCAUCAGGACAAAGCGAAUUUCGGUACAGCUGGUGGUCGGAAAUGUCUUGCCAACACUGUUUUGCCCCGCAGUGGAAGCUGAAAUUCCAGCACGGUUACUACCGUCCGAAAGCGGACCAUUCCGUUUUUCCGGUGCAACUCUUUGUGCGCGGGUUGUGUGUUUAUGGCAUAUCCGCCUUUUUUUUUUUGUUUGGUCUGGCCAAAGACGAGAUGACCGCUGAGAACUUAAUGGACAACCGUCUGGACGGAAUCUGAUAAAGACCGUUCGGUUGCUCGGCUGGGUUUGUUUGACAUGUGAUAGACUGACCUUCAAGGACACUCGGCGCAAUAGUUAAGAUACAUAUUUGCUUAACUUGGGAAAAUCGAGAUAUAGAGAGUUGAAUUGAUGAUAAAGAUAUCACAAAUUGUAGUUCGAAAGAAGAUAUUCAAAGAAAACAGGAGUCUCAGGAAAACAGGAGUUUCUCCAAUAUUUGAAUGUAUAAUGCUUGAAGUAUAACAACCUUCGGAAGUUAUACACCUUCGGAUUGAUUGAAUCAUCUU